AAUUACAAAUUCUGAAUGUAGUUAGAGGAUCCUAGGAGGCACAGUGUCUGGACCGAGCCUGAGGUAUGUCUCUCAUUUCUGACUUUAGUUCUUUCAAUGGGGAAAAUGGAGAAGAUGUUCCGUUUUAUCCUUGUCUCCACUGCUCUGAUAAUGGGCAGGGAAAGCUGGGCUCUUGAGAACUGUUCCCAGGAGCAGGCACGGCUAAGAGCCCAGGUGCACCUGCUUGAGACCCGGGUCAAACAGCAACAGAUCAAGAUCGCGCAGCUUUUACAAGAGAAGGAGGUCCAGCUCCUUGAUAAAGGAGAUGAAAAUAGUGUCGUUGACCUUGGAGGCAAGAGGCAGUAUGCAGAUUGCUCAGAGAUUUUCAAUGAUGGGUACAAACGCAGUGGAUUUUACAAAAUCAAACCUCUCCAGAGCCCAGCAGAAUUCUCUGUUUAUUGUGACAUGUCCGAUGGAGGAGGAUGGACUGUAAUUCAGAGACGAUCUGAUGGCAGUGAGAAAUUCAACAGAGGCUGGAAUGACUAUGAAAAUGGCUUUGGAAAUUUUGUCCAAAAAAAUGGUGAAUAUUGGCUGGGUAAUAAAAAUCUUCACUUAUUGACCACACAAGGAGACUACACUUUAAAAAUCGACCUUGCAGAUUUUGAAAAAAAUACCCGUUAUGCACAAUACAAAAAUUUCAAAGUUGGAGAUGAAAAGAAUUCCUAUGAGUUGAAUAUCGGGGAAUAUUCUGGGACAGCUGGAGACUCCCUUUCAGGGAAUUUUCAUCCUGAGGUUCAGUGGUGGGCUAGUCACCAAAGGAUGAAAUUCAGCACAUGGGACAGAGAUAAUGACAACUACAAAGGGAACUGUGCAGCAGAGGAUCAGUCUGGCUGGUGGUUUAACAGGUGUCACUCUGCAAACCUGAAUGGUUUAUACUACAGAGGCCCCUACGUGGCUGACACAGACAAUGGGGUUGUCUGGUACACCUGGCAUGGGUGGUGGUAUUCUUUGAAAUCUGUGGUUAUGAAAAUUAGGCCAAAUGAUUUUAUUCCAAAUAUUGUUUAAUUGUUCCUGUUGGGCUUCCAUUUCUGCAGUUCAUCUUGGUUUAAAGUGAUUUGAAAAACUAAUUCUGAACAUACACAUGUACGACAAUGGCAAUUGUUGUGUGUACUUCUAUUACUUCUUUUUAUUUUUCUUACUUGCCUUUAUUACUUAAUGUACUUUCACAACAGCAAAUAUGCAAUAUUCACCAAAUAAAGGUAGAUGGGUUAAUA